AUGUGUGAGAAGAUUUCAAAAGAAGCAUCAGGUGGAAGGACCUUGCAAUACAUGAACAGAUUGCUAAUCCACCAAAAAGAAGUCGAACAUCUUCAUAUUCAAGCACACAACAAAAUAUCAUUAAGUGGUCACAUUGGCGUUGAUCUUAACAAUGAUAAUGACGACAUCGAAGAAAUACACCCUCAUUCUCGUCCAUUGAGAAAGGACAAAGCAAAAGCUCAAGGGAAAGGAAAAGGAAAAGGAAAAGCGACAUCGUCAAAUUCUUUAGUCGAAACAGAGAGGUCAAAUGGCGCAAUUGAAUAUAACUUUGGAGAAACAUAUGGCUAA